AUGUGGCCGCUUCGCCUGCCGUACCUGCGACAUCAUCAUCGUCUUCCAUUCCAGCGCUUCGACUGGACCAGCUGCGUCGCUCCGGUCACUGCCAUGGCGACCGCCACGUCCCGACCCUUUGAGUAUCUUCAGGGCCUGCCGGGGGUGACCCUUCGCAAGCUGUACCAGCAGCCAUCCACCGCCCUAGCCAUCUUUCGGCGCAUGCUGCCUGAAUUGGCGAAAUGCUUUGUCAUGGCGCUGUUGUACUUGCAAGGCCCGUUUCCGCAGGAUGAUCUGGAAGCUUGGGUCAAAUCUGAAAGCAAGAAACAAAGAGAUGAUGCGAUCGAUAUCUUGAAACGGCUCUCUAUCUUGACUCACCCGAACCCGGUAAUCGACAAGGUCAUUGAGGAGAAGACCGGGAAAGAAAAUGGAGAGAAACAGAAAAAGACCGUGAGGCUUCCGGCGUACCAGGUCACCAAGGAGUUUGCUCGCUCGCUUCAACAAGCGCUCAUGGGCUCUGAGAACUCCCAUUCCUUUGGUGUCUUUUCUCAAGGGCCCGACCAGACCCCCGUUUCGAUUGUUGACUUGGAUGACUAUGCGCGGCGGCAGUGGGAAGGAGUCCUGGGAUACAUGGUGGGAACAGAUGCGCUGGGCGGAUUGCGUGAGGUCAAACUGAGCAACGGAGUGAAACAACUGUUGCAAGCAGGCCAUUUGGUGGAGAUUCGUGAUCGCCGAGUGGACAUCACCAAGGACGGGUUUGGAUUCGUGCUGCAAGAUGUUAAUACGCAGGUCUGGCAUAUCUUGAUCCUUUAUGUGGAAAGCGCCGAGGCCAUCGGCAUGGAUAGUGUCGAGGUGCUCUCGUUCCUCUUCCUGCUGAGCAGCUUGGAGCUGGGCCAAUCCUACGAAAAGCGACACUUGAAUGAGGUCCAACUGCGCACCCUCGCCGAUCUGUCCGACUUCGGCAUUGUUUACCAGGACAACCCAGACGCCCCGUGCUUCUAUCCCACGCGUCUUGCAACCACGCUCACUUCUGACUCGGUUGCACUCAGCAAUCCUGUAACUGGCUCAAUUACGGGACCGGUAGGCACAUCCUCUGGCGGCAGCACGGGGUUCAUAAUCAUUGAAACCAACUACCGUCUCUACGCCUAUACCUCCUCGCCUCUCCAAAUUUCCCUCAUUUCUCUUUUUACCAAUCUCAAAUACCGCUUCACGAACCUGGUCACUGGGAAAAUCACGCGCCAGUCAGUGCGCCGAGCAAUCGAGAUGGGCAUCACAGCGGACCAGAUCAUCUCGCAUCCCCCCUCCGUGCUUCCGCCCACCGUCACCGAUCAGAUCAGGUUAUGGCAACUCGAGCGGGACCGUCUCCGAGCCACAUCAGGGUUUCUGUUCAAGGAUUUCAGUGCCUUUAACGAAUACCUGGCUCCAUGCCAGCAUGCCGCAGAGAUCGGUGUGUUGGUUUGGAAAUCGGACAGGAGGCGUAUGUUUUUCGUCACCGAGCAUAAACAGGUUGCAGAGUUCUUGCGAAGUCAGAAUCGACCUCAAUGA